CAUUGUAAUCCCCAGUAAAGGCCGAGCGGACCAUGAUUCUGUCUUUCUAGUCUUCGUGGAUUCGGUCGGUUGGUCUGGUCGGGUCCGGUGGUCUCCUAGACCAUACCGAACCCCUCCAAUACCACCACCUCAAAGAUAACAUAAAAAAAAUAAUAUAUAUAUAUAUAUACACGUACAAUAUAUUCUGUGAUCAAGAGAAGAAGGAAUUAGAAGAGAGCGAUAAGCUUCGCCAGCUGACAAUGGAGGGCGUCCGUACCAAACCCAGCUUCUUCCUCUGCUCCCUCAUCUUCCUGGCCUCUGCUGCCCUGUCCGGCGCCGAUAUCCCGGAGCUUGACGACCACUGGCAGAAGAAGGCGGAAGAGGCCCUCGCUCGAUCCCGCGCCGCCUACCACCCCGAUCCCGAAGCCGUCACCAACCACUUCAAUAAGGCCGUUCACUUGGCCCUGGCGGAGGCGCGCAACAGCACUCGGAGAAGCCUGAGAGCGGUCGGUGUGAAAAAGUUCAAGGGGAAGUGCGUGGCCACCAACCCGAUCGACCGGUGCUGGAGAUGCCAGAAGAACUGGAUCAAACACCGGAAGAAGCUGGCGACAUGUGGGAAGGGCUUCGGUCGCCAUGCCACGGGUGGCAAGGCCGGGGACUUCUACGUGGUGACCGAUCCUUCCGACGACGACCUGGUGAACCCCAAGUUCGGCACGCUCCGGUGGGGCGUCAUCCAGGACCGACCCCUCUGGAUCGUCUUCGCUCGCGACAUGAUCAUCAGGCUCUCGGAGGAGCUCAUGAUCAACAGCAACAAGACCAUCGACGCCCGCGGGGCCAACGUCCACAUCGCCUACGGCGCCCAGAUUACCAUCCAGUUCGUGAACAACGUCAUCAUCCAUGGCCUCCACAUCCAUGACAUCAAACCCAGCAACGGCGGCAUGAUCAGGGACUCCCUCCACCACUUCGGCCUCAGGACCAAGAGCGAUGGUGAUGGCAUCUCCAUCUACGGCUCCAGCGACGUCUGGAUCGAUCACUGCUCCAUGAGGAACUGUGCUGACGGCCUCAUCGAUGCCAUCGAGGGAUCCACUGCCAUCACCAUCUCCAACUGCCACUUCACCCACCACAACGACGUGUUGCUGUUCGGUGCCAGCGAUUCCAACGAGAAUGACUCGAUAAUGCAGGCCACCGUUGCCUUCAACCAUUUCGGGAAAGGCCUUGUGCAGAGGAUGCCAAGGUGCCGCUGGGGGUUCUUCCACGUCGUCAACAAUGACUACACCCACUGGAUGAUGUAUGCCAUCGGUGGUAGCAAGCACCCUACCAUCAUCAGCCAAGGGAACCGGUUCAUCGCUCCUCCUCUGAGAUUUGCCAAGGAGGUCACCAAGAGGGACUAUGCGACGGAGGAUGUCUGGAAGCAGUGGACGUGGAGAUCCGAGGGUGACUUGAUGCAGAACGGAGCCUUCUUCCGCGAGUCUGGUACUCCAAACACAAGGACGUUCCAUAGGAAGGACUUCAUCAGGGCGAAACCAGGGACAUGGGUGAGAAGGCUCACGCGCUUUGCCGGUCCGCUCGGCUGCAAAGCCGGCCGUGCAUGCUGAUGCCUCCUACUUCCCAUCUCGAUGGGGGGGGGGGGGAUGCAUGGAGAGCGAACCGGCGUGGUCUCACCACGUUGGAGGGAGGACGAGAGAAAGGAGACAGGCAUGUGCCCGAGUGAAAGACCGAAAAGGAGUUUAAAAUAUGUUCCCGUCCAAUCGUUGUUUCAGAUUUCAUUUCAUCCAUCAUUUAUUGCUGCAUUCUUAUUUAUCAGUAUUAUUUUUGCUUUUUGUUUUUUGUUUUAGGCUCUUUCCCUUUUCUGCAGAGCUACUCUUCAAUGAAAUCACAAAUGAGUCAACUAUA